UCCUGACUGAGUGAGCGUGUGCGCUACAGUUACUGAGCAGUUAACGAAACCAGAGUCCCGCAGACACACCUCGAGCCGUGAAGUGACCUUGAGACCCGCCGAUGUAGCCGGAACCACUUUGUCAUUUUAAAUAUUUAACAACUCGAGUUGGAGAAGUCGGGUCGAGGUCGACUUUGAGGUAAGAUCCACGUGAGCCUGUUCUGUCGCUGUCCCCGGGGAGGAGUGUCAUGGCGGAGCCCGACUACCUGGACGGAGACUGUGAUGAGCUCAUCAAACCUAAAAAGCUGAUCAACCCUGUCAAGGGCUCCCGUAAUCACCAGGACCUGCACCGAGAGCUGCUCAUGAACCAGAAGAGGGGUCUGGCUCCUCAGAACAAACCUGAGCUCCAGAAGGUUAUGGAGAAGAGAAAGCGGGAGCAAGUUCUCAAGGCUCAGAAGGAGGAGCAAGAGGCUCACAAGAAGAGGAGUGACCUGGAGAUAGAGCUCAUGAAAAGACAACAGAAACUAGAGCAGCUGGAGCUGGAGCAACAGAAAGGUGAAGAGGAACAGGAGAACACCCCGGAGUUUGUGAAGAUGAAGAGCAACCUGCGCAGAACCAAGCAGGAAGCUGACGGGGAGGAACGGACCACCUAAAAACCAGCCGGGGUGUCUGGGUCUGGCUGAUUGUGCACGUGUUUGUUAACAUGAAGACUUCAGGAGUGAGUGUGUGUUUGUGUGUGUGUGUUGUCUGUGGUGCACGGCGGUGACCUGGCGGCGGGUCUCGGACGCACUUCCUGGUUUUCCCCAACCUAGUUGUUCCUUCUCGCAGUGAGGAGAGACUUUACAGACUAAAGACCCCCUCCGCCCGCCUGCCAUGGAGCGCCAGUACUUACCUCCGCUCCCCGCAACAGUCCAGCAGCACACAGCACCCCCUGCAGGAGGGACACUGACAGACAUGUUUCAUGCUGAACGCCCUGCGAGGGUGAAACAAGCUUCCGAUGAGCUCUGAUGGCGAAGAAAAAGAAAGAAAAAAAAAAACAACCAAACACACACAGAGGUUUCAACCCGUCUGUUUUCCCUCCUCUCACCACAGCAAGCUGCCGUUUCUCUUCACUGUUAUCAAUGUUGUUUUCAUUGUUGUUAUUUCUGUUCUCAUCUUCAGAAUCAAAUGAGGAAAAGUGGACACUGGAUAAACUCUUGAAGCUGUGUAAUGUAAAAGCCAAACAAAUGUGCUUUUGUUAUUUAUGUUUGUAGCUUUUAGCCCCAGGACACUUUUAGUCGUUCUGCAUUUUAGUUUGUUUACAGCAUAGUUUAUUCAGCCAGAACAAGACAAAGGGAGUCUAUGGUUUUGUGAAACACCCACAUUUGCUAUAUAUAUAUAUAUAUAUAAAUAUAUAUUUUCUUUCUUUUUUUUAAAUUCAUAACAUGCCAUUCCUCACCAAAUGCAAUGUUGAGCAAUAGUUGAACUCCCGGGCAUGAGCGUGACCUUUUCUCUAAAUAUUCUGUUGUUUUUUGUAUGGAUAAAAGUGUUACUUAAUAUGUAAUUUAAGUUCUUGUUAGGGCGGUCUUUAAGAGUAACCCUUGAGCUCUGUCUGACUAGUCUUUGUGUGCUUUUAUGAGCAAAGGACUUGUUAAGAAGCAUACACACGGAGGCCACGGAGGUCAUAAAAAGGUAUAAUCAAUCAAUCAACAGUUCUUGGGAUCUGUGUGGGUCCCGAAACGUCUCUGAUGAAUCCUGGACCCUAAUCACUGCAGUAUUUUGUCUUUAUAAACAAUGGAGCCAUACAUGUGCAGGCAGAUCAUUUAACUAAAUGAAUCUAAACUAAAGUAUCUGUUUACUGAAAAACAACGUGGGUCUCCAAAGGAUUAUAGUUUUUAUUCUGAUGGGAAGAAGCAGAUUUGUGACACUGUUCUUCCCAAGAAUCUUCUUUUGAAUAAACAUAAUUUUAACAGA